GGGUUACUAUUCAUUAUCACAAAAAAAACACUCCCAACCACCAUAAACACACUCGCACCAACCUCUCUUUCGAGCAUGCCACACGCCGACUGGCCGACCUCCUCUCUCGCCCAAGCACCUUUUACUCCAACCUUUUCCCAUGCCAAACACACACAUUCCACACCACAAACCCUUAUUUGGCCAGCCUCUCCCUCUCGCCCACACAUGCCCAAAGCACACUACACACACUCGAACAACCCCACUCAUGCCGAGCUUACAACCAACUCACCAGACCCUCUCCCUCAUCUAAACCAUAGAGCCGACCAGACCCUCUCCCUCUUUGCGGCUCUCACACGUGCCAACCGCCGCCUAGCUACACCUCACAUUCAUGCGGUAGCUCCGGUCUCACAACCAAUAUGCCGACCUUCGUCACCCAUUCCAGCCCUUACACACUAG